AUGGCCGAGCUGGAAGCGUCGCUUCGUAACGUCAUCGAGCAGCAAACGCUGAAGUGGAUUUUUGUGGGCGGCAAAGGAGGUGUCGGAAAGACGACUUGCAGUUGCUCGCUUGCCACGCAGCUUGCAAAAGUGCGUCGCAACGUGCUGCUGAUCUCCACUGAUCCGGCUCACAACAUCUCCGAUGCGUUCAGCCAGCAGUUCAGCAAGUCUCCUCAAAAAGUCAAUGGCUUCGACAACCUAUUCGCCAUGGAAAUUGACGCGAAGGGCGGAUCGGAUGGCGAUAACGUUCCCGGGCUUGACGGAUUGGGAGAGUCUGAAAACAGUAUGCUUGGUGCCGGGAAGAAGCUGAUCCAAAGUAUGGCCGGCGGACUACCCGGAAUUGACGAGGCGAUGAGCUUCUCCGAGAUGAUGAAGUUGAUUACGAAUAUGGACUUUGACGUCGUUGUGUUCGAUACUGCGCCCACCGGCCAUACAUUGCGUCUUCUUCAAUUCCCGGGCACGAUCGAAACUGCGUUCACCAAAAUCCUUCAGCUUCAAGCUUCUUUCGCGCCAAUGCUUACCCAGGUUUCCGCUAUGAUGGGCGCCGGCCAAGUUGACAUUGAAGAAACGGUUAAUAAGCUCAAGGAGACGCUGGAAAUUGUUCGAACUAUGAAUGCACAGUUUAAAAAUCCGGAAAUGACUACUUUUGUCUGCGUAUGCAUCGCCGAAUUCUUGUCUCUAUACGAAACGGAACGGCUCAUUCAGGAAUUGACCAAACAAGAUAUUGACACGCAUAAUAUUAUCGUGAACCAGCUGCUUUACCCGGACAAAGAUGCCUCCGGGCACACUCAAUGCAAGAAAUGCGAAUCCCGGUUUAAUAUUCAGAAGAAAUACCUGGAGCAGAUCGGCGACCUGUACGAAGACUUCCACGUUACAAAAUUGCCGCUGUUGGAGAAGGAGGUCCGCGGUCCCGAUUCCAUCAAGGAGUUCAGCGAGAAGCUUCGCGUCCCGUACAACCCAUCGGCC